GCCACAUCAUGUCCGUAGCGAGGACACCUUGGGUCGUUCGUACGUUUAUGAUUUUUUUUAAAUUUAUGUAUGACGUACUUGAAUCCCUUUUAUAUUCUUGUACAUUAAUGUGUGUCAGAUGGCUUUUUGUUGAUGUCACGUGCACGUCAUCUGUUGCUGGAUUAGGGUACUACCGAGAUGCUUUAGAUCACAUGUGUGAUGAUCAAGUAUGUCUUGUAUAUCAUUAAGUGUAAGUACUUUGUUUUACGGUUUUAUAAACUAUGAUGUCACAUUAUUUUGUAUUAUAGAUGAUGUGGAUGUCGUACACUCAUGAGAUUUUAGGACAGUCGCCUCAUGUUGGCCGAGAGCACACUGAGAUUUGGCGAGCACGUGUGCCCUUGAUAUGUUUUCAUGUAGUGGAGCAUCACUUUCCUGAUCGCGUACUACAACAGUUCGGAUUGCAGCAGGUUAUUUCCGGACCUUGUGAUACAUAUGUGGACUUACACAAGAUUGAUAGACGAGAGAAGCACACUGAAGAUUGGGGGAUGCAUCAUAUUCAGUAUAUCACUAUGUGGGAUGAGAGAGCGGCGUAUAUAGUGCACGGGACCCCAUCAUUAGUCCCCACAGCCUCUGCAGAUUACAUGAGAUGGUUUUACACCAUCACAUGUUCAUCUCUCCCAGUUUUCAUCUACCCACCGAUCAUUAUCAGUCCAACUCAGUCGCUCUUCAUGUGAUGGUAAACGAUAUAGUCACUAAAAUAACUUUAUUUACUUAUUCAUGUGUGGUUUUCACUAAUAACCAUGUUUGUAUUGCAGGCACGAGCUUUGCAUAGCAUCCAUGAUAGAGCGACUGUUGUACUUGAUGAGGCGGUAGAUGUACAGGGAUAUCAUGAGGCAUGUUUGGGCAUUGUUGCAUUGUGUGCUGAUGUAUUGGGCUGAGUAGAUUAUGGAUAUAUGGCCCCCACCCAGUAUUCCACGACAUAUACACCCACAGCAGGGUCUUCUCAAGCAGUAUGACACGAUAGACACUACUAUAUUUUUUGCUAUUUGCUGCUACCUAUUUGCUGCGGUCUUUAACAAAACCGCAACAAAUAGUAUAUUUCUUUGGGUAGUUUGCUGCGGUCAGAGAAACCAGCAUCAAAUAGUAUAUAAAUUUAGGGUUAUUUGUUGUGGUCAAUACUGAACCGCAACAAAGAGUAUAUAUUAUUAUGGUUUGUUGUUGCGAACAGAAUGAACCGCAGCAAAAAGAUAAAUGAUUCUCGAGUACUUGUUGCGGCCGCGAUGAACCGCAUCAAUUAAGUCAUAGGCGGAAGAAGAAAUUCGGAAAGUUUGAGUUUAAUCGAUGCGGUAAGUUAACCGCAACAAAUAAAUUCGAAAAUUACCAGUUAGAAAGAACGUGCAGCUCGCCCAAAUCCUUAUGACUUAUCUCCUCCCAGCAGUUUCCAACUAGUUCCAGCCCACGAUUUUGACCGCCGCAGCCUCGACCUUGCAACCCUACCGGCUCAUGCCUCCGGCUAGCACCGCUUCGGCCUUGGAAUUCUGCCGUCUCACACCUCUGGCUCACACUGCCUCGGCCUUGCUAUCCAGCCGCCUCGCCCCUCCACUAGCAACGCCAUCUCAUGCCUCCGCCCGUAUAAAUAUAUCUGAAUAUUUACUUAUCAACUCCUGGUUGUAUUAUUAAUUGAUUUUGUUGGUGUUAUUCCAAUUUUGAAUUUGAAUUACGUUAGUGUUUAUUUGUAUGCAUUUCUUGCAACUGAAUUUGUAUACUAGUUAUGUUGCUGAUUGUAAUCAUUCUGUAAAGGUUGCCUUUUUUAGAACUUGUUCCAUUUAAGGGACUUUUCCCUUUGAAUUGGAAAUGGAGUCAAUCUAUAGCACUAUAGCAGCUCAACUCUUACACUUAUUGAAUCAUUGUCCAGGUACAUGAAUAAUCAAGGCUCCUAAUGUUGCUUUCGUUCUUUUGGAUGUAGACUGGAGAGAUACAAUCCACCAAAUGCAAACAAUCUUUAUUCUCAAUAAACAGUUCAAUUAACUAUAUUUCCCUUUUUUUUUAAUU